AUGCAACCAGACCAGAUUAUCUAUCUAUCCGAGCUGAGUCCGUUCUUUGGCUUUGCCUCUUUAUAAGAGCCAGCCUGCUCGCUUUCCCCUCCGGCCUGCAGCCUUUUGCUAGAGAGAGGGAGAGCACACUGCGCGCAGGGCCCUAAAAGUAGCUUCAACACUGCUGCAGGCUUCUUGUCUUAUUGCGCCAUUAGCAUCUUCCUCCUCUCUCCUUGCUCCUGCCUCGAGCGUUUAAUGCGCGAAUGCUCCUUCUGUUGCUGCAUACCAUCCUCACUAGAUAGCAUACCAUCACCAACAGCAGCACAGCUUACCUUGCGUCGCGUUAAGGGUGGCGGGCGAGAUGGAUCAUGGCUUCUGCAACGACAUGAUCUUAAGCGAGAGCACGUGGAACGGCGGCGACACUGCUGCUGCGGCAGGUGAUGUCGUUAACGGGAGCGGCAUGACGGUGCUGGAGAGGCUGGUGCUGGACGAGGCGCUCGCGGCGGCCAUCAUGGAGCUGCAGGGCAUCCAGGUGCCGUGCGGAGGCGGCAAGGCGGUGGCCGGAGGCGUCGAGCCGGCCAGCCUCGCGUACAGCUCGAUGGGCCCCGCCACGCCUGCCUACGCGGACGUUGACGGGGCUGUCGCGCAGCGACAGCAGCAUCACCAUCGCCAUCAGGGCGCGAUGGUGAUGCCUCCGGACUACGACCUCGUACCAGCAGCGCGAGCUGUCACGUUGGCUACUGUACCUGCAGCACCUUCCUUCACUGACCGUGGCGGCGUCGUCGUCGACUACGACAACAACGACGACGCAGCGGAUGCGCCGACCGCGGCCACGACGAAAAGCCAGUGGGAGGAAGGCAACGGCAGUGGUGGCAGAAGACAGCAGCGUCGGUCGAGCAGAAAGCGGAGAGCCGCCGAGCCGCCAUGCACGGCCGCGGACGUGCACGCGGCCCAGGAGAUGGAGAACCCUCUGUGUAGCCUCCUCGCGUCAGGCAACACGGGAAAUGGCGGCGGUAUCCAGAUCGCGUUCAGCACCGCCGCGCCGUCCGCCAAGCGGACGAAGCCGUCCCUGAGCAGCACCUCGUCGAGCAUCAGCUUCGAUGGCAGGAGCGGCUGCGACGACGUCCCCGGGCGGUACGAGCCGGACACGGAGGCGCUGGCCCAGGUGAAGGAGAUGAUCUACCGCGCGGCGGCGAUGCGGCCCGUGAGCCUCGGAGACGCGGAGGAGGACGCCGGCGAGCGGCCGAGCAGGCGCAACGUGCGCAUCUCCUCCGACCCGCAGACGGUGGCGGCGCGGCAGCGCCGGGAGCGAAUCAGCGAGCGGCUGCGCGUGCUGCAGAAGCUGGUCCCGGGGGGCGCCAAGAUGGACACGGCAUCCAUGCUGGACGAGGCCGCAAACUACCUCCGCUUCCUCAAGUCCCAGAUCAGGGAACUGCAAACCCUAGACCGCCGGAACUACGGGGCUAAUGCCAUGGUAAACAUGGCGCCGCUGAGCUACAACAACAUGAUGCCUGCCUUCUCCUUCCCGGCUGCAGCCGAAAACCUAGGAGGAGGAGGGGGAGAGGAGGGGUUCAUGAGCAGCCGAUUUAGAUAGAUUAAUCAAUAAUUCGAGACAUGCACGUACGCAAGUAUUUUCAUGUGCUUUGUCCAAUGUAAGAGAGACCAUAUGCAUGAAUCACAUGAUAGAUCGAUCGAUCCAUCAUCAUUAGCUACUGAUUAGGGAUGAUCGAUCGUAUGGACCGAUGGAAUUAAUCAUGAUGUCGUCGUCUUAAACCUUUUUCUUCGUC